GUCUUCACAUUUGUGUUACAGUUUCCUGGUGAGUGCAUCCUCACAUACAUGGAGUUUCAGCUGGAUAGUGCAGAAUACUGCCAGGCUCAACACAAAUAGAGAGACACACCCAAAUAUCCUAGAACCUGCUAGGCACUAUUGAAGAAGAAAUAAAAAAAAAAAUAACAUCUCAAUCAGGCAAAGAAAAAUUUUUUGAUAUUGGGAUCAUCUGCCUCGAAGUCAGAAAAUCAUCAGCUAGUCAUCACAAAAUAUAGAAGAAUUAAAUAGAAUCAAUUGUUAAUUUACAAUAUUAAAUGCAAGCAUUGUAGUUACUGAGCGCACCUGAUCCAGGCGCAGCCAGUGCCAAAUAGCUAAUCUUCCGAAUCAUAGUCAAGGAUCCCAAGUGGGAAUCAAUCGCAUAUCAACAACGCCUAAUGUAACGUAGUCCUCACCCUUUCAAGGAAAUUUGCACCUUAACAACCUUCCUCGAGGUCUACAUGUGAACCCAUUGUUCUGUCCUCUGUAAAAAAAUAACAAAGUAUUCAAUUAGUUAAAUGAAAAACAACUUUAUAAGACUGACAUCUAUGGGCUAAGUUCUCAAAUUCAGCCUUUGUAUUAUUGCUUCGUAUAGUGUGGCACAUUGCAAAAAUAAAGAGAAACAGUGUCGUACAAAAUCGUCAAAAACAUAAAAAUAGUAGGAGUUUUACACCACUUGUUGUCCAAAAAGGAAAUGAGCAACAUGAGGGUGAAGGACAUCAGACCGGAACCCGCUGAGAUUGAAUACAAAAAUAUGAAGUUCCUCAUUACUGAUCGGCCCAAUGAUCAGACCAUUCACACUUUUAUUCAAGAACUGAAGAAGCACAAUGUCAAAGAAGUGGUGAGGGUCUGUGAACCAACGUACAAAGUAGAGGAACUUAAAGCAGAAGGGAUCAAUGUCAUAGACUUGGUAUUUGAUGAUGGAACAUUUCCACCAAACGAAGUUAUCGACGAAUGGUUCGAACUAUUAAAAAAUCGGUUCCGCGAAUCUCCUGAUGCAUGCGUGGCCGUACACUGUGUCGCAGGGCUUGGUAGAGCACCGGUGUUAGUUGCACUUGCUCUUAUUGAGCUGGGGUUAAAGUAUGAAGAUGCGGUCGCAUUAAUUAGGGACAAAAGGCGAGGUGCUAUUAAUUCAAAGCAGCUGGCCUAUCUUGAAAAGUAUCGUCCCAAAUCUCGAUUGAAGCUCAAAAAUGGACAAAAGAACUCCUGCUGCGUCCAAUAGAUUAAACGAUUUCUUUGAAAAGUUACUAAUUCAUACUGAUUGGUAUACCUAAUUGUAUAGGUUUUCGCGCCUGAUAACAAGAGACAUACCGUAUCGACUCUGUUCUGAAAGGCCUAUCAAUGGAAAUGCAACCAUACCACUUGUGAAACAGUUUUAAUAAUACGUAUAUUUUGCACCAUCUGAUCCUCCAGCAUAAAUGAAGCAAUUUAAAAGCAAAGUAAAUUGCAUGUGAUUAUUUGCACUCUUCUUUUACGAAAUGUUUAUAUUUAUUUUUGAUACUAAAUUAAUAUUAAAUGCUACAGAAUAAGAAAUGUCUUCUGAACGUGAUACGUAAUAGUAAUAAAAUUCGGAUGGAUCUGAUCGUUUAUAUAAUAAAUAAAUGAAGAAAGAAAAAGGAAUUAGAUCAGCUUAUGUGUUUUAUAAUAAUACUUAGUAUCUUAUUUUAAAAUUAUUGUAUUCUAGAAGGCUGCAUUUACUUGGUCCAAUGAAAUAGACAUCUAAUGUUACUAAUUAAUUUAUGAACAUUAGUUAAUAUGUUACUUGUGCAAGAUAUUUUAAGCAUGGUUGAAGCAAGCACCUAUAUGAAUUAGUAAAAAUUUUUAGUAAUAAUGGUUCCUUUGCUACUCAGUCGUCAUAAAAUUUAGCUAUUUAGAAAAUUGUGCAAUAAAAAACUAACUCACGUUUUCCAUAAUAAUUAAAUGCAAAAAAAUGAUUAAACGUCCAAUUAACAAUAGUUUUUCGACAUACUUACUUUUUAGAUUGUUAUUAAAUACAUAUUUUCUGCAGAUGUUUUGCAUAUAACAUAAACAAGGAAAAACAAAAAGUUUUUGUACUAUUGGAGUAAUAUACUAAAAGUAUGCAUUUUUUCAACAAAAUGUGGUAGUUCAUGUCAUCUGUAUUACAAAAAAAAAAGAAAAAAAAGGAAAAAACAGAACGGUAUAUUAAUUUAGUUGAAUUUAUAAAAAUAAUCAUUCGAUGAAUGCACGCUGUAUUGCAAGUAUUCUUCAAAUAUUGUUUUCUAUUAUCUGUACCCUAUCAAAUUUGAUAUGCAUUAUUAACAAUCAACGUUGAAGUUGCAAUAUACAUUUUAAUAUAUUUGUCGCACUUCAAAAACUUUCGAAGGAAAAUCUGUACGAGAGAAAAUGAUUUACACACGAAAAUUUAGAAAUUUUGAAACUUUGUAAAUUUUUAAAGUAUAUCUCUUAAAUGAAAGGAACAUUGCGUUGCAUUUCCAAUGGCAUGCCGAAUUGAUGAGUGUUCUUAACUCUUACUGGACUUGGAAUCUGCGUUAACUUGAAAUAACGAAUAUUGCGAAACAAAGUGAGGAAAAAAGAAAUCACUCCAGAGUUAUAUAUCACUUUUAUCGUAGCUUAACGACAAUUUCACCAAAAUUUAAAAAAAAAAAAAACAUCCACUUUUAUUCGAUAAAUUUUAAAAAGGCUGCAUACGCGUUUUGUGUGAAGCAUAUAUUGUAAUCAUAAUCGCAAUUUUGGUAAAAUUGUCGGUGAUGCUGUACGCCACACUAAACUGUGUUCAAAAGAUAGAAAAAAAAAGAAUUCGCUCCUAAACUAAUGAAUGUAAUAUUUAUAUCAUUUCAUGCGUCUGCCGAUUUAACGUGAAUGUACGUUUCUGUAUAUAUUACAAUACGUGAAUAUUGUGUUUAUAAUCGUUUCUCGUACUUAUAGCGAAAGUUGUGUACAAGAGUGAUGUGAUGAGAUGAGAUAUCUGUAGUCGAUGUCUGUAUUUUCUUUUUUUCUCUCUCCCUGUUUUUGAUGAUUAGCGUGUAAGAAUUCUGAAUGACGUUUUUCUACGAAACUAUUGACAAAAUGAAAUGAAUUUAAUUGCGCGACACGCCACUAAUAAAACAUAUUCCUUUACGUGCAUAAUUUUUAAGUAAGUACCAUGUACAACCGUUGUACAUUCACCAUAAUCGCAGACUCGAAAUGAAAUUUGAACCUGGUACAGCUCCUUUUUUGUAAUGUUAAAAAACUGCAAUAUUUUUUACCAGAGGAUGGGACGAGGGACAUUCGUAAAAAUAAAGAAGAAUUAAUCAAGCCUUAGAUUCGAAAUUGAACAAUCCUCUGAUUGUUCGAUUUUUCAUUUCUCUUUUUCCUUAGGUUAUGUUUAACAAUUAAUCACGAUCAGUGGAACAAAUUUUGUUUUUUUUUUUUCUCUUCU